AUGGCGACUCUAGAGUCACUGGCAGAGGCCGUCCGGAAUGCCAUCACGUCAGGCAGUGCCACCCCGUCCACGGUCACCACUCUCCACACUUUGCUCGGCGGCGUACCAAAUUCUGGGAGCCAAUUGGAAACGACCAGUCGAAGUGCACCAAAGAUAACCACAACUUCGAGGACUACGAAGACGACGAAGCCAGUGAAGCCGGCGGCAAAGGCUGUCAGGAAAGAUAAUGCAUUCCAGAUUCAUGACGACAAUUCCAGAGCAUUGUCUCCCAAGGCGCGAUAUGCUCUUGCCACCGAGGUUAUCAACAUCGGGUUGAAAGUGCUCUCCGAGGCCACUACGAACAUUUCCAAAUCUAGAAGAAGAGAACCCUCUGUGAUUCGGUCCGAUGAUGCUGCAACACCGCGAAGACAUUCCAGGACUUCGUCGUUGUCACAGCGAGCACUGCAGAUUCGGUCUGGCAACGUCACUCCUGUCCGCCAAUCUCCAGUCAAGCCCUCCGUCUUGUCCCGGACAUCGUCCCGAUCUUCUAUCGGAAGUCUACCACCAACCACAGUGCAUGUCACUGCAGUAGCAGAAUGUGUACGAUUGGGAUUUUCAGCACUAGGGUUGAUGGACGCGCAGAAAAUAGGAGUCAAGCCCCUCCCCAAGCUACAGUUGGAGACUGGUAUGCUCUCACUCGCGGGCAUGCUGAUCGCCCUACGGUUGGACGCAUUGGCUAUCAAGGAGUUGCGAGCAGUAAAGCGAAUGUUGGAGUCGUCGCAGAACACAACUGUAAAGAAACGAUCAGCUGGUAUGAAUACUCCGGUUCAUGAGAAUCUGGCCAGCUUGCUAAGUCUGGACUUGGACUUCGAGGCUCACCCAGAAGCCAUCCCUGUGGCGAUUACAUACCAGCUCCACCUUCUGAGAAUGAUCACCAACUCGAAGAAGCCGGCUACGAUUGAGGAUGCCUCGCAACAUCUGAUGCUGGAGACCCGCGGCUCACCUGGAUCUCUCAUACUUCUAUCUGCCAGGACUGUUGGUAACGAGGCAAGGGCUGUGAGACAGCUCGAAGCGCUUGCUCAGAGCUUAUUGCAACUUUGUCCGAGCGUGUCCAAAUCCGCAGACGAGGCAGCUGCAGAUCCAAGUCGGAGUCCAUCCCCACUUACAGUCUUCCAGUUGCAAAUUUCGGCUUUGCGGCUACGGCAACAAGCCUGGAAUAUUACUAAACGCAUGGUCGAUCUGCAGAAAGAGGUUGCAGAACCAUUCGCCAAAUGUAUGACAACUCUCAUUCGGAGAGUUGAAUCUCCAAAGCAAGCCGUGUCCAUACACAAAGCAUGUUCUGCUGCUCAUGAAGCUUUGGGCCUGGMCGCAGACGAUGCUCAAAGUCCGUGCAGUAUGACGCUCUCAAGAACCUUCGCAGUACUGGCAGAUGGGGCGGCUCUCCCCGAUCUGGCGUAUGCCUGGGCUGAAAACGCUGUCAAGAAUGGCCGGAGUCUUGACAGCACUCACGCUCGCUUCCUUGCUGCCCUGGCCCUCAGACUAUCACUUUUCAUGAGAGCACCACGAUCUUCAUACGACCUCGGCGAUGUCGCUUCAGACAUCUGCCACAUCACUCAAUGCCUUCAUGACCGGCCUGCUGGCAGCAAGUCAGAUUACGACCAGCUUUUAGCCGAGAUUGCACGUCUUUCGGGCGCUAAAACUGAUCUAAUCGGAAAUCCAGACAUUCACGAAGCAUGGAAAAAGCUCGUACAGUCGGCUGCUGGUUUCGCUUCAAGAACUACAGGACUGUUCCCUGGCAACGGCUCACGCACCGCUAUGAUGAUCGUCCAUGCGGCUUUGCUAAACAGCAAAUCGUCAGACGAGCUAAUCUCCUGGGUUUCAAAGGAUACCGCAAGCCUCUUUCAGCACGCUGGAGCCUUACAUGCGAUCGCUAAAUCUGCAAUGACGAUGCCGAUGACCCAAGCUUGGGAUUCCACGAGCGAGACUCUGGCAUUCGCAAGAACACUACGAGCUAUUGUAGCAAAGGCGGUGACUAUAGAGAGUGGGAAAUACACAUCUAUGAUUUUCGACGACGAUGACUUGGAACCUGAUGAGUCUGGCGCUCUACUGGAAUGGCAACUCACCUGCGUACUGGAGAUGGCUUAUAAGAUGAGACACCAGAAGGCUCUACAGUGUAUUGUGCCGUAUAUCCUGAAGAGGCUCCUGACACUGUACUCGGUGGAUCUGCACCCGGUUCGUCGCUGCAGGAUUGCAGCACUGGCGAUGCGUGUUCGAGAGCAGUUCCCGGGUCUGCUUGACCCGCACGUUCUCCAACCUUUCUUGGAGGUUCCCUUGAUUGACAUUGAUACACUGGGCAAAGAUUCUGGCUUGCGUUGUUACGCUUCUGACAUCAACGCAUCUUUCGGGAUCUCGCUGGCAUUCCAUAACGGUCCAGUGGCGGUGUCCCAACUUAGCUCCGACCUACAGACAUGGCAACAUCUUCUCGAGACAUGUCAUGAGGGCAGCGAAAGCCUUGCAAACGUUGUGGAUAACCCUGCGAAUCUGCUUUCGCAAUUAGGAUCUCUCGAGGCCUAUGCUGGAGUAAUGGGCGACGACAUCAAACGGCUCCAAAUUGCCCGGAUGUUGUUGAGGGCCAGUGAGCUGUGCGAUGUUCGGCCUGGGGAUCGUUGCUGCUACGGUCUAAGAGUCUCUGCCGCCUACUUAUCACUUGGCUGGGCUGAGAGCGCAGAUGUGGCUCUCGCGAAGGCUCUGCAGGUUGCAGAAAAAGACGCCUGCUCAGGUAUCCCAGCCCUUGCGUACUACCUCGRCAAAGCAGAGCAACUGCUGGCUCUGGACAAAGUCGAAGACUGUCAGAGCAUGCUGGACAAGGCUCGCGAGAUACGUCAAGAUGUGGAACCGCUCAAGGUGAAGUCUCACCAGAGCAAAGAAUACAAGCUUCUACAUGGGCGUAGCUGGCUUCUGCAAUCACGAUGCUUUCUAGCUGCCGGGGUGCCCCACGACUCCCUGCGCGCUGCAAAACGGUCUGCCAGAGUGUUUAAUAGCAUUUGGUCUGGUAUAGAGCGUGCCACAGACCAAAAAUCGCAGACAGACAUAAGUGAGAUAGAAAGAGAGCCUGAGGAGAGCUCCAUGGAAGACCUCAGCAAGAAAGUAAGCAAGCUCAAUCUUAAGCCCGCUACUCGCGACUCCAAGACAUCGGCGUGUGCUGAGGUCAGAGGUGCUGCGUUCUGGCCAGUAGCACGCUUGUUAUGUCAGGCGCUGAUGCAUCUUGCUGAUGUCUAUGCGCACCAUGGAGUGUUUAACGAAGCAAAUUAUAGCUCAGAGCAGGCUAUGCGGAUAGCGGAAUCCAUACAGUCUCAGCUACUCCUCUCAAGGGUACGCUCCCAUCGCAGCAUACUUCUGGCAGCCGGAGGACGUGUUGAGGACGCGGAACUGUGUCUCGCACAAGAUAUUUGUGACGCCUCGAACAGCACUUCUCUGGAACGAAUCGAGCGCCUCAGAGCAAAAUGCGCGCUUAGUGUCAAGACUUACGAGCUUGAAACCGCAUUCAAUUAUCUCAAUGAAGCCGUGACCAUGACACAAGCUCUGCAGGUUGCUGAGUACGGCACUGAGAUGGGCUCCCUUGCGACGACAAAAGGAACCGGCUCUGCUACGAAUUUGGACAAAAAAGCAUCGACGAAAAGGGCGUCAAGGUCUGCCAACGCGAAGACGGUUCCAAGAACGAGAGUGGUUCCCAAGGCUGCCCGAGCAGUUGUUUUUCCCAAGAGUGGGAAGAGAUUGUCUCACUUAGCUGGCUCUCACGGCUCACAAGCGCACGGAACCGGCGUCUGCUAUAUGCUACGAAAGCUCGAAGCUCAAUUGAUUGUUCAGAGUGCAAUCAUAUCGCUCAAGCUCGACCAUCCGAAUGGUGCGACCUUGCCAGGAAUGGAAGAUGCUCUCGCAUAUCUCCCUGCCUCUUUCGCUCGGUGCCAGGUUGAACAUGAAUCGGCUAUGCGCAAGGUUACAAGCAUUCUUGGAGCUGACUUCGCACUCAACGUACUGCCUGAGUCCACGGUGUCUUUUCCGGCGAUAACAGAGGCCAAGCUAGCGGAUGAUUCACCGGUUUCUGGCCCGAAGCCUGGCCCCAAGGGCAAACGGCUCGUCAAGACCACGAAGCGGAAAGCCAGCCCACAAGGGUCCCUCGAAUAUCUGCUACUGACGGCACAACAGUGCCUCAUUCUAGACGGAUCAGCUGCGCGGCUGUUCAGCACGUCUGAGACACACAGGCAAUACUCUUUGCUGACCAACACUGCCAUGCUGCUCUCUGCCACGACAAGUGGUACGGAAUCGAGCGCACUACAUCAGAUAUGCAAGACUCUUGCUGUGGAGGUUCCUCGGAUGCAUGCUGCUAGAUGCCAACUUGUCAUUGCUGAGCUGGAAAAGGAGACCUUCCAAGCAUCCGACCUCCUUGCUUGGCCGACUUCGAAAGCUGGAAAUUUCGGAAGCGAGAUCAUAACAGACCAGUUUCAAGAACAAUAUGUGGACAUCCUGCCUGGUCCGUGGACUGCUGUUUCUAUUGGCCUUGAUCAAGAYGGCGACGAACUUUACAUCACCCGAUACCGUCGUGGCCAGACGCCGCUCGUUCUGCGCCUACCCUUCUCUCGCCAGAAGUCAGAGGAUACAGACGACGAUAUCUUCGACUACAGAGUGGGCAGCGAGGAGUUGAAGGAAAUCGUCGAACUGUCUAAUUACAGCUGUCAUAAUGUUGAUUCGGGGACAAAGGGUGCAAAGAGUAAUUGGUGGAGCGAGCGCGAGGCCCUCGACCUGCGAUUGCAUGAGCUGCUUGUCAACAUCGAAAAUGUCUGGCUGGGCGGAUUCCGAGGAGCCCUGUCGCAGCAGCCUAUUGAUUCGGAUCAACUCAUUCGAUUUCGCAAAGACUUCGAAACAGUGCUGGAUCGCCACCUUCCGUCACGACGGGCGGUCAAGCGAGGCACGAAGAAGCUCUUGCUGGCAGACCAGGUUCUUGAGCUCUUCAUCGGCCUCGGGAGUGAUCAAGACGGAGAGGUAGACCUGGAUGAGCCACUCUCGGAUCUGCUUUACUUUGUUGUGGAUAUGCUACAGUUCAAUGGAGAGCGCAACGCCUACGAUGAAGUAGAUUUUGACAGCAUGGCGAUCGAGGUGUUGGACGCGCUGCGAUCCUACCACGACAGCGUGGAUGUCGAAGGCCAAGAGGGAGCUCACCUGAUACUGGUGCUUGAUCGAAGAUUGCAAGCUUUCCCUUGGGAGAGUUUACCUUGCUUGCAGAGUUCCAGCGUGAGCCGGGUCGACAGCAUGCUCUGUCUGCGUGAUCGUAUCGUGGAGAUGAGAAGAAGAUGCGGCGACGAAAGUGAUCGUUAUUUUGUCACUCGUCAAUCAGGAACCUACAUCCUGAAUCCAUCGGCUGAUCUCAAGAAUACUGAAGCCACAAUUAUGCCCGAGCUGUCAAAGCUUGCGCAAGCUGAAGGCGCGGAGUGGAAGGCCAUCGUGCAAAGAGCACCUACUGAGGAAGAAUUCAGCAACGCGCUUGCCACUUCUUCGACGCUUUUGUACUUCGGUCAUGGAGCCGGCUCGCAGUACAUCCGACCACGAGCUAUUCGGCGUUUGGAAGCAUGCAGCGAAGUCGUGUGGUUGAUGGGCUGCUCGUCUGGUGCUGUCACAGAGCACGACGAACUUGAGCCUUUCGCAGUCCCGCUAGCAUACCUAGUCGCGGGUCAGGGAGCCGACGCAGGAGAUGAAGGCAAUGCCAGAUGUAUGGCUGUCGUUGCAAAUCUGUGGGACGUCACAGACAAAGACAUUGAUCGCUUCUCGUUGGCGGUUGGUGAGGAAUGGGGCUUGUGGGGCUCUCAAGAGCAUUCUUGCAAGGCACCGGUGAAGACACCAAGGAAAAGACAGGCUGUGGCUGCCCCUUUAACGCCGCAAAGAGGCGCAAAGACGCCAAAAACCCCCAAAGUGCGGAAAACACCUGCGCCAACUCGCACACCUGCCAGAAGUCGAAGUCGUGCAAGGGAUGUUGCGAAGGAGCAAAGUCUGGCUGAAGCUGUGGCAAAGAGUCGGGAUGCGUGCUAUCUCAGAUAUCUGAACGGUGCUGCGCCUGUUGUAUACGGCGUGCCUGUGUAUCUGGGACCAUGA